AUUGUUUUUCUUUGACGCCGACGUAAAUUGUGUUUUUGCAUCUAAAAAUAGAGGCCGCAAACAUUCAAAUUUGAAUUCUAAACAGAACAUUCGCAAUAAUAACUUGAGGUGCGCUCAUUUGAUUUUUUCAUAGUGGCCAGGCGAGCCCUUCCAAUCGCAACACAAACAGUUUUUGCGUUCGUGCGACAGAGUCAGCAUAUGACAACGUACCGUUGCAAACGGAAAUGCAAUCGCCUACGAAUUCCUCCCCCCCGCAACCAAAGUCAAAAGAGUGCGGAUCGGCAGCGGUAAAACGCGGUACCCGUAUCCUUACUGAGAAGCCGUUUGCCUUUGUGCUUAAAUCCAAAUACCGGCUUGAGCGUUGCGACAACUGCCUGGAGGUAGCGAAGGUGUUGAAGUGCUCGAACUGCCGCUAUGUUUCCUAUUGUAAUCGCGCCUGCCAAACGCAAGCUUGGGGCCUGCAUAAGCACGAGUGUCCGUUCCUUAAAAAGGCCCUCCCACGCAUCGUGCCCGAUGCUGCUCGCAUGCUGUGUCGCCUUAUCCUGCGACUGGAACAUGGUGGCGAUCUCGUGCGUGGCUACUAUACGGAGCACGGAUCGCGCAAGUUCCGAGACUUAAUGUCGCAUUAUGCCGAGAUCAAGAACGACCCGAAGCGGAUAGAGCAUUUAGAGUCGCUGCAUGCCGUUCUAACCGAUAUGAUGGGCGAUAAGGCCAUAGUGCCGAAUAAGACGGAACUGAUGAGCAUCUAUGGCCGCCUCAUUACCAAUGGCUUUAACAUAUUGGACGCGGAAAUGAACAGCAUUGCCACUGCCAUCUAUCUGGGUGUGUCCAUUACGGAUCAUAGUUGCCAGCCGAACGCUGUGGCCACCUUCGAGGGCACCGAGUUACACAUUUAUGCCAUCGAAGACAUGCCCUGUUUGGACUGGUCCAAGAUUUUCAUCAGCUACAUUGAUCUGCUCAACACACCCGAACAACGACGCCUCGAUCUUAAGGAGCACUACUACUUCCUUUGCGUCUGCAGCAAAUGCACCGACUCGAAGGAAACACUCGAGAUGAAUGGCGCCGCCUGUCCAAAUAACAAAUGCAGCGCUUUUCUCAACAUUACCCACAAUGUGUGCCGGCGUUGUGGCACCGGCGUCACUCCAAAGCUGCGCAAUGCUUACAAAGAGGUCAUGACCCUCACCCAAGCCAACUUGGAGUCGAUGAAGGAAGUGGCCUAUUUCGAUGCGUGUCGCGUUUGCUUGGAUAAGCAGGCGGGUGUACUGCAUCCUUUGAAUUUGUGGCACGUCAAGACAUUGGAUGCGGCAUUCGAGGCCGCCAUCGAAAUGGGUAAAUGGACAGAUGCUUUGACUUACGGCCAACAGCUGGUGCCGGGCUUUCGCAAAUAUUACGGCCCUUGGAAUCCAUUGCUGGGUCUCCUCUACAUGAAGCUGGGCAAGAUUCAGUUGUACGAGCGUCUUCCCAAGGAGGCUGUCCAUAACCUGGAGGAGGCUCAGCGCAUACUCAGUGUGACCCAUGGCCGCGAGCAUCGCCUCCUGCAGGAGCAGCUCAAACAUCUAAUGCUGCAGGCCAGACACGAAAUGAGAGACAGCUAGACAUACAUAUGUAGUAUGUACAGUGUGAUAAAUCGUUGAUUUAUUUUUGUUCUUUUUUUGUGUAUUUGUGCAAAGUGUUUAAGUGGUGGUCAGACGAAUGAUUUCGAUCACGUCAUCUAUCCCUAAUAUUUAGGGCUUUUCCCAGUAACGCAAAACUGCCAAAUCAAAGGUACGUGUUAAUUGAAGUGCAGACUUCGAGGAAUCCAUUGAUUUGUUAAUUGAAGUACACACUAAAGGAAAUUCACCGAUUGAUUACCGACUUACCGACUUUUUUUGGCAACUCUUGCAAUCCAAAUUAUUCUCCUAAACACCACUUAAAUUUGUGUUCGAAAACCGAAAAAUGUUCUAUCAAUAAAUGUUUCUGUGUUAAAGUUUUAAA